AAUACUAGUGCUCAUAACAGCAAGAUCUGCUCGACUAGCUCUGUUGAAGAACGCGAACGAAUCAAAGAGUUUUGGUUUGGUCUAGGGGAAGAGGAACGACGAAACCUGGUCAAGAAUGAGAAGGAUACGGUAUUGAGGAAGAUGAAGGAACAACAAAAGUAUUCUUGCAGUUGUGCUGUUUGUGGCAGGAAACGUAACGCCAUCGAAGGAGAACUAGAAGCGCUAUGCGAUGCAUACUAUGAAGAAUUACAGAGCAAUACGCUAACUAUCUAUCAACCACGAUAUGUUUCUUCUGGUGGUACAAUUCCUCCCCCGCCCGGACCAGGGCCUUUCCCUUGUUCCGUCGAGCUCGAUAUAAACGGGGCAGUUGUCGGGCAUCCCGGAUAUCCACAACACGUAGCUCCUCAUAAUCAUCGACCCAAUAAUGCCAACGCCAAAGUCGUCAGAGGUGGAAAAGGACAACUUCAAGCGCAGCGUACCAAGUUUCCUGUUAACGGUCGAGGGAAUCCACCACCCGAAUCUGAAUUUGAUGACGCGGACGAUGGUCCAAACGUCGACCCAGACGCCGAUCUCGGUGACGACGAGUAUGAGGAAGAGGAUGAUGACGGUGAGGAUUAUGAGGAAGAGGACGAAGAGGACGAGGAAGAAGAUCCUAAUCCUGAUCCUGACGAUGAAGAACUCGGUCCAAAUCCAAAUUCACCUGUGCAUCCUGGGGUGAAUGAUGUUGGAAUUGGUCGUGGCCGCGGAACUCCCAUACGGCCUGGAACGACGUCACAAUUAGGUGUAAGGGGUGGUGCAGGGGGCGGGAGGGGGAGAGGUUGUGGUGCUGAGUCACCAUUGAAUGGAACUGAGAAUAGGAAAAACUAAGGAAGAAACCGUCUAUUCAAUCUGGGCAAAAGUCUUACUGUUACAGUCUCUUCACAGGUCCUGGCAACAUCCUCACCGUCGCCGACGAUCUUCUGAAAAACAAUGGCCAAAAAUUCCUUGAGAUGAUGGAACAGCUGGCUGAACGAAGGAUGCAGCGUGAGGAGGAAGCCGUAGGUGACCUCGACUCGGAAGAUGAGGAAGAC